UACGUAUCACAAGAUAGUAGUUAAAGCUACAAAAAGUAUCUUGAAGUAGUAUACAGCAACCUUUAAGCAAGCAGUACGUCGUAAUUAUCGAAUAAAAUCCUCCAUCUCAUACUCAUCACCUACAUGCGCGGGGGGUACUUCGUAUUGUUUAAUGGGUCGUUUCAACUAUUGCGGAUCACAUAUCGACUCGAGGCUCUUUUGUCCACCCUAUCGGCCUUCAACUCGGGCGAUUGCUAUACCGGCACUUGGUCGUUUAAACAAUACAUAGUUGAAUGCUAGCUCCAUCAUACGAGUGUUGUUGUAAAAUCGAUUGACCACGGAGAUAGGCUAUAGUCACAAUUGAAUAUGGUGUCUGCUAACUAGCGUCUGAGCUGCGCGCAAUAUAUUGUGACACUAUCGCGAACCACUCGAUUUCGUUCUAGAAGUCGAUAUUGUUACAUCGAACGGCAGAUCUUCGUGAUUUCAUUUAGCCUCUUACCGUCUUCUACCGGUGCGUCACGGUUUACUACAUUCCUUCCAGGCUUAUCUCUCGAGCCUCAUUACCAUUCAUAUCUUUUUCUUUAACGGAAUAGAAGAAAAACGGAAUAGAAGAAAAGAAAAUGCUGGCUGAGCCAUCCGUAUCGGUGCUUGGCUUGGACCCGACGCACCGGAACUGCGUCCUGAACGGCAACGCGUUUCAGCAGGAUGUUAUCCAAUCAUACAACGGGUGGCAGUAUGCAAGUUUCUACAGCUCUCUAUCGGUAGACUCCGCUCAAGAGCCGCUCUAUAUUCAUCUAUCACGUAGGAAACUUCCAGAGGGCAAGUGGGAAACUCUCAUCUUUGAGGAUUAUCCUCAGACAACGGAUGAUGGCCAUAACACUAUACAGCUCGGCAUCUGUCCCGGAGACGGCACCAUCCAUCUUUCGUAUGACCACCACUGCGACAGAAUAAGAUAUCGCUACUCCCAACCCGGUGUCGCCCACACCCCAGAAUCCUUCCCGUGGUCCGCCUCUCUUUUCACACCACACCUAUCGCAACUCCCCGGUCUCGAGGAAGAACACGACGAACUGCUCAGUUAUGUUACAUACCCGCGCUUCGUGCAACUCAACCGCAACCUGCUCUUCUCGUUCCGCACUGGCAAGGCCGGUCUAGGCGACGACCACGUGGCUGUAUACGGACCGCGGAAAGAUAGAUCCUAUGGGUACACGGUUCUAGGCACGAAUCUUAAAGGUGUCGAUAAUAACCCGUAUAUCCACGGCCUAGACAUACGCGCCGGCCGGCUGCACGCGACGUGGGUGUACCGAGGUUUCGUGUGGUACGAGGGCUGGGACGACCCGCUGGAUAUCAAGCACAAGCAACAACGCGGGCCGAACUCCGCUGAGAAUAAUCAUAAUAUCUGCUAUGCGUACUCCGACGACGGGGGCCAGUCGUGGCGGAACGGGGCGGGAGAGUUGAUUGCGGAUUUGGCGAAGGGCGAGAGUGUACGACCUGAUGCACCGGGAAUCGUGGCGUUUGAGAUUCCUAAGGGCUCGGGGCUCUCGAAUCAGGAGGCGCAGGCUAUCGAUCAUGAGGGAGGGGUACAUGUGUUGAAUCGGGAUGCGGAGGAUGGCGAGCAGAAGUGGAAGCAUUAUUAUCGAUCACCGAAAGGCGUCUGGACGCAACGUGCCCUCCCUCACGUCCAGGGCAUUAAAGGGGGCAAGAGAGGACGGCUGGCCGUAAGCAAAGAUGACGACCUGUAUCUUAUCCUACCGGACCACACAGCGCCAGUCUUGACAGUCUUAAAGGCGUCUAAGGAAUCUAACUACUCCGAGUACGAGCUCGCGUGGCGGGAGAACGGAUUCCCGCCGACGGAGCCCUUAGUUGACACCACGCGGCUGGAUUAUGACAACGUACUAUCGGUGUUCACACGAGCUACUAAUGGGGCAGAUAUAGAGUCGAGCCCCCGAGUUGAUGUUGUGGUUAUUGAUUUCAAGUUAUAAUGAGGUCUAAGAUACACUCCUUUCAUUCAUAUUAACUAGUUCGAGUUCUAUACUUGAAACUCAAGUCACAUAUAGGAAAGAGAAAUUCAUACGUAUAACAAUGCUGAUACUAAAAU